AUGGACGUCCGACGCGAGAGCCCGCCGCUGCGCAUUCGGCAGGUCAUCGUACGCGGCAACAAGCGCACGAGCCCCGAGAUCUUUGAGCAUGAGCUGCAGGCUGCAUACGCUGCGAGCUCGUUCGCUGGCGUCGCCGAGUCGUUGAACCACGCCGCCGAGGAGCUGCGCAACCUCAGCAUCUUCGAGUCGGUCGACAUCUUGAUUGACACGGCCCCCGGCGGCAACCGCAACGAGGCGGAUGUGACGAUCACGGUCAAGGAGCUGGGCAUGGCAUCCGUGUACGCGGGCGUCAACUCGGACGGGCACGAAGGCACGGCGAACACAACGUGCACGCUGACCAACCCGCUGGGGCACGCCGAGCGCAUUGAGCUCUCGGCGUCGCACGGCCAGUUUGGCAGCGACACGCAAAAGGCGUCGUACCACAAGCCUAAGUUUCUCGGGCUGCCUGUCUGGCUCAACGCCAACGCGGUCAACGAGGUGCUCAACCACGACCGGUUCAGCUCGUACCACGAACGCUUCCGCGGCGGUACCGUCUCGCUCACGGACGACGAGUCGCGCCACGAGCUCGCGCUGAACCUUGGCUGGCGCGAUAUUGUGCCGGUCCGCAACAAGAAGAUCCCGUCGACGUACGCUGCGUCGCCGAGCAUCAUGGCCGAGGCCGAGCCGUCGACCAAGAGCAGCAUCAAGUACGUCUACAACGACGACCAGCGGAACGACGCGGCGCUGCCGACGGCGGGUCGACUUUUGCGCACGAGCAUGGAAGUGGCCGGGCUCUGGGGCGAUGUCAACUUUGUCAAGGGCGAAGUCGAAGUGCAGCGUCAUUACCCGAUCGGCCCGGUCGCGUACAACCACCCGAUCCUCAACCUCUCGCUCUCGUCGCGCGUUGGCGCGGUCAAGUCGUACGGUGCUGACCGCCACCAGCCUGCGCGCAUCUCGGACCGCUUCUUCCUCGGCGGUCCGCUCACGCUGCGCGGCUUCAACCACAAGGGCGUGGGGUCCCGCGGGGCCAACCCCGACGACGGCGGUGUCGCGACCGGCGAUGCGCUUGGCGGCGAGUUUUACUACAGUGCGUGCGCGAGCCUUGGGUUCCCGUUCCCGUUGCCGCUCUUGGCGAGCACACCUAUAGAUCUUGGGUGUCCGCGGCCAUGCUUUUGCAACGCUGGCAGCCUCAUGAGCUGGGACCGCGUCCUCGACGAGCGCGCGUGGAUGAAGAACCUUUUGAGCGAGACGCGCGCGGCGGCCGGCGUCGGCGUCGUCAUGGGCACACGCUUUGGCCGCUUCGAAGCCAACUACUCGUGGGUGCUCAAGUCCCUCGCUGGUGACCGCGUCAAGCGUGCGCAGCUCGGCCUGGGUCUGCACUUUAUCUAG